CAAACCGGUAUAUAGAAUUUUUAUAGAACUCUAUCAAUGAAUCAUUUUUCAAACUUCCAAAAUUUCUCAUCAAAAAACCAAAGUACUUUUUUUUAUUACACCCUAUAUUGAAUUUGAUACUCUUUUCCAGUGAAUACUAUAAUUUAACAUAUCCAAUUUUUUAGUUGAAAUUUGUGUACAAUAAAAUUUCAAAAUCAAAACCCAAAACCCUUUGACGCAAACUAUGCAGAAAUUGAACAAAAAGAAAGUUCCAAUUUUUCCUUUACUUGUGUUUUUGUUAAUUCUCUUCAUAGCAUUCUCAACUCUCCAUAGUGGAAGCACCAUUCAUCAAAUCCAUGAAAACCCAAAUCACAUUCACCAACAAGAAGAUUCUUCAACUACCUAUGUUAAACCCAAUUUCUCUAAUCACCUCAAAAAACCUCAAGAGGUUUUGGAUAGAUAUAGUAGAUGCAACUCUACUAUAGGGUAUAGUGGUAGGAAAAUUGCUCGGCGUGGUGGUUCGAAGCGUUCCGGUCGCCAGAGAGUGAGUGGUGAAAGAUGUGAUGUUUUCUCAGGCAAAUGGGUUUUUGAUAAUGCUUCAUAUCCGUUGUACAAUGAGUUAGAUUGUCCUUAUAUGUCUGAUCAAUUGGCUUGUCACAAGCAUGGAAGAGAUGAUUUGGGGUACCAACAUUGGAGAUGGCAACCACAUGAUUGCAAUUUGAAGAGGUGGAAUGUGAAAGAAAUGUGGGAAAAGUUAAGAGGUAAAAGGCUAAUGUUUGUUGGCGAUUCACUGAAUAGAGGGCAAUGGAUAUCUAUGGUAUGCUUGUUACAGUCAGAAAUUCCUUCUGAUAAGAGAUCGAUGUCACCAAAUGCCCAUCUCACCAUUUUCAGAGCUGAGGAGUACAAUGCAACAGUGGAAUUCCUCUGGGCUCCUCUUCUUGUUGAAUCUAAUUCCGACGAUCCAGUGAAUCAUAGACUAGACGAACGGAUAAUUCGUCCUGAUUCAGUUCUAAAGCACGCAUCACUUUGGGAGCAUGCUGAUAUACUUAUUUUCAACACAUACUUGUGGUGGAGACAAGGCCCAGUUAAGCUAUUAUGGACUGACGAACAAAAUGGAGCUUGUGAGGAAUUAGACGGGCGAGAAGCUAUGGAGUUGGCCAUGGAAGCUUGGGCCGAUUGGGUUUCUUCUGAAGUUGAUCCCCUCACGAAGCGUGUCUUUUUCGUGACCAUGUCCCCGACACAUCUCUGGAGCCGAGAAUGGAAUCCAGAAAGUGAAGGAAACUGUUAUGGGGAGAAGGACCCUAUUGAUUUUGAGGGAUAUUGGGGAAGUGGUUCUGAUGUGCCUACAAUGAGCACUGUGGAGAAGAUCUUAAGCAGUUUAACUUCAAAAGUUUCUGUUCUCAAUGUUACUCAACUAUCAGAGUAUCGAAAGGACGGCCAUCCUUCGAUUUUUCGCAAAUUUUGGGAGCCUCUUCCUCCUGAACAAUUGUCAAAUCCUUCAUCUUACUCUGAUUGUAUACAUUGGUGCUUGCCGGGAGUACCUGACGCAUGGAAUGAAUUACUAUUCCACUUUUUAUGAAAGGCGUCAUACAAUUAAUUUUUGUUCGUUGAAUAUGAUGAUGAGUAUGAUAACCAACCGCCGCAUUUGGAGAUUAGUAAAAGCGUUGGUUCUUUGUUGUUUUCUUGUCUUAACCCUUCUGUUCAUAAGAGAAAGAGACUUUGGUAAUUUGCAAAUUCUUUUUGUAGUGUUUAUCUUUAGCUUUAAGGUAUUUGAAGUUUUGGAUAGAAUGCUUGUGUAGAUUAUCUUAUUAUGAUUUUUUAUGUAUAUAUUUUAUAUUGCAAUUUUCCUAGAGAACUUAUGGGUAGAAAACUCUGGAAAUGUUUUUCGUGACAUGCUUGUAAUUGUAUGCUUUGUUUAGUUUCUUUUAUAUCACACAUUCACACCCAUUGAGUAA